AGAGCACCGGAUUUUACGUUCCGCCAACGCCCAGUAUGAAAUUCCUCAUACUCCAUAUACUCAUACCAUGAACUCCAGUGCCAAACCUAGUGUCGCCAGCAUACAACUCCCUGAUCUACCCUCGUUCUGCAAUGCAAUCGAGUUGCGAGCCAAUAGCCAUUGCAGACCUGUUACCCAGGCUUCCCAGAAGUGGUUGAAGCAGGUUGGUCUGGGUUGUCCAGCUGAAGGCAAUGCAAAUUGUGAGGCAUUAUCGUGGGGUGCAAUGAAGGUUGGUUUGUUGGCGGCCCUUUGCUACCCCAGAGCCGACGCAACUCAGCUCAGGCUAUCCAUGGAUGUGCUCAGUCUAAUGUUGUGGACUGCUGAGCGCUUGGUUGCUUCGAAUGAAGCGAACAUGGAAAAAUUCGAUGCUGUAGUGCAAAGCAACGUGUUUCUACAUCUAUCAGAUAGGCUAUUGCGACUUUCUUCUAAAUCCCCAAUCUGGUAUGAUCGUUUCGAUCGUUCUCUGUAUGCAUUUCGCACAGCACAGGUUGAUCUCGCCAGAAAUCGUGGCGUGGUUCCGGAUUUAGAAACAUAUAUUGAGCUGAGGAGAGAUUCGUCAGGGCUCAAGGUAGUUUUCGACAUGAUAGAAUACACGCAUGGUUUUAUCUUGCCUGAGGACGUUGUGGACGACCCAACUUUCAGAAAGAUGGUGGAAAAUGCAUGCAACGUCAUCGCUUGGUCGGAGGAUAUUGUCUCAUAUUCACGUGAUAACACCAAAAAAAAUAUGAACAACUUGAUCACCGUUUUGAUGGUUGAGAAGAGUAUGUCAGUUCAGGCCGCACUCGAGUACUCAGGGACACUCGUGCAACAAAGCAUCGAUGCUUUUCUAGAAACCGAACGCAUUGUGCCGUGCUGGGACAAGCAGGCCACUCGCGAGGAUAUCCGAUUGUAUGUGCAAGGUCUGCGGGAUUGUAUCGCUGGCUCUAUCAACUGGUUCUAUGAAACCGAGAGAUAUUUUGGGGAUAAAGGAGAGCAGGUGAGGUCAUAUGGCUGGGUAUUUCUCGAGUAGGACGAUCUUUUUCUGCUUUGAUAUCCUAUAUGCCAUCCUAUCUACUUAGUAAAUCUCACUUUCAAUCUUUCGCACUCAUCUAUCGACUGCUGUGUUUGCUUUACAUACAAGUAGACUGCAUAUUUAUCUCUUAGUUUUCGCUCCGAUGAAAUCAUUGUUUCUGUUUGGAUAAUGCUC